AUGUCAGCGGCCAUGUCGAUCACCGAGACGACGUCGAUUAUUCCGGCCAAGGAAAUCGAGCAAUUAGACAAACACGGCUACCUAUUUGGCCAGAAGCUCGCGGCUUCAAUGUCCCCCAUGCUUCACCAGACAAUCUACGGUGCGCUCAGCCUGCGGUGGGAGCAGCUCCGGCUGGACUCGACGGACAUGCCCUUGUUCCUCGAGGCGAUCAAGCACCCUGACUUUUAUGCAGGAGCUUCGGUCACUAUGCCGCACAAGGUUGCCAUCAUCCCACACCUUGACGAGGUGACGGACGAGUGCAGAGAGGUGGGCGCCUGCAACACAAUCUUUGUCCGCGAGUCCAGUGAUGGCCGCCGGAUCUUCUGCGGCGCAAACACAGACACUGUCGGCGUGAGAGAUGCCUUCCUGAAGAAUGUCCCCUCUCCAGAAGCCCUACGUGGGCGUCCGGGAAUGGUCAUCGGCGGCGGCGGCGCUGCGCGUUCGGCCGUCUACGCCCUGCGCAAGUGGCUGGGCGUCACCGACAUCUACAUCAUCAACCGUGAAAAGUCCGAAGUCGAUGCCGUGAUUGCCGAGUGUGCGAAUCGCGGCUACGGACAGGGCCUGAUCCACGUCGAAUCCGUCGAGCAGGCUGAGGCUCUUGAAGGACCUGGCGCAUCCGUCGCUUGCGUGCCGGACUUUCCGCCCAGGACAGAGGCUGAGAAGCUGGCACGGAGUAUCCUCGAGGCCAUGCUGCGGAAGGAGAAGAAGGGCGUACUGUUGGAGAUGUGCUACAACCCCACUCCGUACACCGAGAUCUGGGCUCUUGCCCAAAACGAGGGGUGGGAGGUCAUUCUUGGGACCGAAGCCCUGAUCUGGCAGGGCCUAGAGCAGGAUAAGUACUGGACUGGCCUGGAUACAAGCCAGCUGCCCACCGAACUGGUACGGGAGGCGGUAGCCAAGGAACUGGCCCGGAAAUCACGGCUUUAA